AUCGAUAUAAAAAGAAGAGUAGGUAGUACCUUAAAACCGCGUGGAUAAAUAUGUUUAGGAAGUAAUUGUUUCCUAGAAUCGUCUAAAAAAACUAUUAGUAAACAUUGUAAUUUUUUAACUGGACGAAGCUAUUCUUCUGAUUUUUUAUCAUUAAAUGUUAUUACGUGAGCGUAGAUAUAAAUACGGCAUGAAAAAUAAAGGCAUAAAAAUAAGUAAAAUGUAAUAGCGUAAGAGCUAAGGUGCAGCCGGAAUUUAAUCUUAGAUUCUGUUCUGUGCGCGUACUUGAUCGCUCCUGCUUAUGGGGAAUCGGUUCGUUUAAGUUAUUCAACAAGAAUCUCGUUCUUCUCUGCAAAAUAAAAGAAUUGCAUUGCAUGAAAAAAAAAAUAUAUAACCCAGGAGAAUUAUUUAUUUUCUUGUUCUAAUACAAUUUUUAACUUUUUUAUGCACAGAGAACAACUUUUCUACCGAUGCUUUCGUUAUGGGAACUGACAACAAAAUUUUCGUUACGUUAUUUUCACGUUAAGCAAGUGUACGAAAUCCGUCAGUGUCAUUCGAUGGACCCCACGUCUCGUAUGCUGUACGGGAGCGGUUACACCGGCAAUCUGUACCGGAAGGCACGGAAAUUGGAGACGUCGGAGGUCGUCUUCAGAUCGCGUCGACUCAGAUACAGCAGGAAGGACCACGUGUGCCCCAAGUGCGGGAACGGUUACACAGUGGCGAAAAGUCUGAACCGUCAUCUCCGUUACGAGUGCGGCGUCGCGCCGCGAUUCAAAUGUCCUUACUGCGGCAAUCGUGGCAAGCAGAGGGCUCACGUGAAGGACCACAUACGUAGAAUACACUCGGGUCAACGUGUCUACAUCAUCGACUCGCCCUGAUCGUCGAGGUGUCAAGCUCGUUGAUUCGACCGUUUCCCAGUUUUUCUCUGUUCGUCGCGCGUUUCCUUCAUAGGAUUCAUCGCGCACCUAAUCGGGGCUGCUCGUAGGGGCACGGAACGCGCUCGUAGCGUCGCAUGAAUUAAUCUUUGACUACCGAAUCGCGUCGAUUCGGGAGAAGAAAUCUUCUUUGUUUGAAAAGAAAACCAUUUCUAUUGGGCUACGAACGUGUUCCAUCGCGCUGCUUGCCGACGCCGGCCGUCUGGGCACCCGACGCGUUGCACCCUCAGCCCCUGACAGCGAUAAGUUCACGAGGAAUUGUGCUGUUGCAGACUUUAAGGCCGUCGAUGUUACUUCGAACCUCGUUGGAACAUGGCGCUGUCCACGAUGGCCUCUUUUUCUCCGUUGAAUGUUUCUCAUUGGUUCCAUGCUGUAUUAAUUUUGUAUACGAUUCACGAACAACGCUGGUUACAACCGUUCUUUUGUACAUAUGAUCGAAUAAAAGCAUUCCAACGAU